CUCGCUUCCCCUGAAAACUCGCGGGAAGCAGCUAAUAAGGUCGCGUAAAGGGGAGAGAGAGAGAGGUGCUGGCCUGGAAAAGAAGCAAGCGAGAAAUCGAAGGGGGAAAUGGCGGAGAAAUUGGCACCAGAGAAGCGCCACAGCUUCGUCCAUGCCGGUCAGAAGGUAUUCGAAUGGGAUCAGACGCUGGAAGAGGUGAACAUUUACAUAUCCCUCCCUCCGAACGUUCCCACCAAGCUCUUCUCCUGUACCAUCCAAUCCACUCAUCUCCAAGUCGGCAUCCGCGGAAAUCCCCCUUAUCUCAACCAUGAUCUCACCUGUCCCGUCAAGACCGAUUCCUCCUUCUGGACGUUAGAGGAUGGUACAAUGCACAUAACCCUGCAAAAGAGAGACAAGGGGCAAACAUGGACUUCUCCUAUAUUGGGUCAAGGGCAACUUGAUCCAUAUUCAGCUGAUCUUGAACAAAAGCGACUUUUGCUACAGAGAUUCCAGGAAGAGAACCCAGGCUUUGACUUCUCACAGGCUCAGUUUAGUGGAAAUUGCCCUGAUCCAAGGACAUUCAUGGGCGGUAUACGCUCUGAUUAAUGAGGGCGGUAUACCAUAAUCCCAGUACCAUGUCAUUGGCUUGAUCUCACUGGUAAAAAAGACUGGAAAAGCUGCUGUUAUUUAAACAAUUCUGUAACAUGUUCACUUGUAAAGUCUCAGUAUAUGUUUUGCUUUAGCUGUGUUUUGAUUGUGCUGGAUUUUGGCUCAUGCCAUCACCAUAUGUUAGCUUGGCUAUAUGCUAGAGUAGAAGAUUCAAGCUGUUCAGUA